GGGUAGAUAUCAGCUGAAUUAUUCGGCUAAAAUGCCCUGGCACGGGCAUACGUAGUCGUCGGUCCGCCAUUACGACGCAGCCGAGACACGUUUGUCGUAUUUAGUUAAAUAUUUUCGUUUAUAAAUGAGUAAUAACGCUCAUGAACUAAGUAAUCGACUUCUGAAUGCGUUGGAUAACAAUUACAAUGUUGUCGACAUGCAUGCCGUUAACGAAAUCAUAUCCAUAUUGGAGAAAAUCAAUAUUACAAAAGAGCUGUUGGAGACCACCCGACUGGGCAAGCACGUGAACGAGCUACGACGGAAGACCUCAGAGCCGACCCUCGCACGCCGCGCCAAGGUGCUCGUAAAGCGAUGGCGGGACCUCGUCAUACCUUCCGCUGCCUCGCCACACCAUGCCGGCUCGAACCGUUCGUCGGCGGAGCGCACCAUGCGGCGGCUCGGCGGCACGCCCAUCACCUCCCCGGCCUUCGCCCGGCAAGUAGUAAGCCCGGCGGUGCCCAGCCCUCGUCCUCCCUCCAGACCUGCGUGGGGCGGCUACGAGUCGGACUCGCAGGACGUGAUCCUGGUGGACGACGACCCGCCGCCCGCGCCCGCCCCCUCCCCGCUCACGCUGCACGCGCACAAGCCCGUCUCCUCGCCAGCGAAAAGGCCGCUGUCUCCCGAGGCGCCGAAUGACGACAAGAAAGCAAAACGAGACAAAAAACCUAAGAAACGAAGAGGUCACAGUCGCGCGGGGUCGGGCACGGAGGCGGCGGCGGCGGCGGCGGCGGCGCCCGGCACCGGCGGCGCGUGGCUCGGCCGCAACGGCGCGCACCCCGGCAAGAAGAACGGCGUGCGCAGCUCGCUAGACCCCUACGCCGCCCUGGUUAAUAGGAUGCCCCCCGCUGGGGCUAAGAAGGUGAAAACAACUAAGGAACUCCUAGCACAGAUCCAGUCUAGAGGUUCAGCGCCCCGUUCCCCUUCCCCCGGCUCGCCCGCCUCGCCCGACGUGCUGCUCAUCGAGCCCGACGAAUCAAGUCAAAUCAAGCCAGAAUCCCCGCUCCGCAACGGCGGCGCUUCUCCACGUCCCCCCUCCCCCGCGCCAGCACCGGCCGCGCCCGCCUCCCCGCUGGCGCCCCUCGAGGACCCGAGGGAAGUCCGGGACUGCACGUGCGGCGAGGAGCCCGAGGAGGACUGUCCCGCUGCGCGGCGGACGGAGGUCCUCCCUGUCCACGUGCACGCUCUCCACCACGCCUACCUCCCCGGCAUCAACGGGACGAGAGCCCCCCUCCACCCCCACCAGUUCGCCGUCCGGAAACUGACCGACCCCGAGAAGCCCGACCUCUUCACCUCCAUAGUACCCCUGUACAACUACUCGGACUACGCGGACGAUUAUUGUGUGAAGAACAUGUCGCGCGUCCCGCUCUGCACGCAUUUACCCUGGACGGAGUUCGCGCCUGCGCCGCCCGAGCCCGCGCCCGCGCCGGACCCGCCGCCGAUACGGCCCUACCCCAUCGACGAGCCUAGUCCCGAAGUCAAGACGGAGGUCGAUGACGAUGAUGAGGGUGAGGAUGAGAAAAGUCAGGACAUGGAAGUGGACGCGAAGGAGGAAGUGAAAGUGGAGCCCAGUGAACGUUUGAAACCGACCGAGGAGACGGUGUUAAAAGUGAUAAAGUGUGAGAGUGCCAGUGAAGUGCCGGACGAGUUCGCGAGCGAGCAGAAAGAUCACAGGACCGUAGAGAAGACGAAAAGUGCGCUCGACGGCCAGGCGUUGUACGACACGUGUCGGAGCGCGAUAGAGUCUAUACCGUUCGUGUACGGGCAGACGUUCGCCGCGCCGACCGUGACGCUACCCGAAGAGUCCGCAGAGGUGAGUGAUGCGUUAGAGUCCGCCCUCACCGCUGCCGCUGAGUCGACAGAGAGGGAUAACCGAGGCAGGCCGUCCCGCUCGGGCGCGUUCGCCGAGUGGCACGAGUGUGCCAAGCUGGGCGAGCUGAUCGCGCUGCCGUACGUGGUGAUCGACUGAUGUGAUACUGCUAGAGUGCCAAAUCUCGGCGCGGCUCCGAGCUUCCGUUGUACCGACGUUCCAAGUGUCCUUACGUUAGUUUUAAAUGUACAUAGCGGUGUUGGAUGUGUGCCCUCGAAUAUGUACAUACGAUAAUUUAGCUAAUGUAGUUAGGACGAAAUCAAUGAGACUGCUGCGGGGUGGUUUUUUAACAGUGCGUUAACUGAAGCUUUUUGAGUUUGCAAAAAUUUAUUUUGUGUCGAUAGUCGCGUCACCUGAUGUGUUUAGUCAUGUAUUUAUUUUAUAUUGUUUUAGGGGUUCACCUUUGUUUCAUCUAUCAAUGUUUGAUGGAAUGUAAUGUUUAGUUAAAUGUUUCGUUUGACCUGAAUCAAUUCCAAUUGUUGUUAAACAAACCUUGUCCUAAUAUCUAUCAUGACACAUUUGUGUUAUCUAAAAUGGUGGAGUGUAGAUGCGUUUUGUAAAGGCCAAGUGAUCCAACGGCGAUCGUUGUCUCAGUAAAAUACACAUUAGGUCAAAAAAACAUAAAACCAAACAAUAAAUUCGAUCAAAAAAUACAGGUGAAACGACGGUACCCAUUUUAGGUGGAUAUUUUUUACGGUGGAUCGCUCUCGACUGUUGUGAUAUGAGGCGCGGUAUGGUCCGUGGGUCUACAAGGGGCCAACUAGUUUAUAAACCGAACCAAUCAAAGAUUGUCUCAUAUCUAGAGCUGCCAUCUGGAUUUCCCCGGAUUCUUUAUAGACUUACCAGAGGCCAUUUGGGUAAUGAAAAGCGUCUGGGUAUAACCUGGUCACUUUUCAUGUUAGGGCAAUCCCUACUUUAUUUUUGUAAUAAAAAUACAUAUUCUCAGGCUUUUGAAUGUUUUAGUCCGGCACUUGACACUGGCAGCUCUUCUCAUAUCCAAAUAGGAACGGCUUGAAAGCCUGAAUAUUGGCCAUCACAUUAAAGUAGACCCAUUCUCUCUUAUGUGAUAAGAAUGGACUAUCAACGUCUGCACUGAAUUCCAAACUGUACUUCCUUUCUUUAGAUGUUGGCAGUUUCGUUUGUCUGCCUUUGCCUGAAAGCUUGACGAGGUGGCGGAGGGUUUCUAGUGCUUUUGAAAUUAAAUUGUAACCAUACAUGGUUUUGAUAAGUCAAGCCAUACUCUUGUUUGCCAUUGUCACGAUUUAAAAUAUUUCUGUCACUAAUUAAAUGUUAUAAAGUGGCAAAUCAUUUUUAUUUCGCAAUUAUUGAUGAAGACAUUGUCGAAAGUGCUUAAACACCCUGAACAUCCUAUUAAUUAAUUAGUAUUUGAUUAUUUAUAUUGAUUUCUCUAUUUAAAAAAGGUUCUAGCCUUCGAGCAACACUGGCUCCCGACAUAUCGGAAGGGAGGAGCCCAAGCUAUAUCCUAUCGUACAAAUCGUUCCGCCAUUUUUUGCGGGGGGAAACGUGCACACAGACGCACUUCGCACUCACUACAUACGUAAUGACGACACAAAUACAUAGAAAAAGACGCGUCAAAGGCAAAUCUUACACACCUCGAUCUCUUUUUGUGUACGAAGGAGUCACAACACGCACCGCGCUUGUUGUGUGCAUGCCCAGUUGGGCAUAUGCUUCGGCAGAGGGGAAAUAAUGCGAAUACCGACUCCCUACCAGGUGUUCUUCAAAGGUUCUAGUAGUAACCUUAUAUUGUUAGCUACCCUGUCAAGUUCAAGGCUGAAGUGAAGAUGACUGCUUCCAAAACUAUUGAUCCACCAAAUAUUUUGUAUAUAAACAAAUUCCCAAAUAAGACAAAAAUCUCCAGACUGUUUCGUAUUGAGUUAUAUUGUUACCGAAUGUGAUUUAUAAAGAGAAAAAAAUUAGGUAAUUAAUAAUAAUAGGAGUUCCAAUUGUAUAUUAUACAUAUAUAUUGCUAUAUCAACCAUUCUAAAUAUCAAACAAAGUUAUAACUAGAAUUAUCAAAGAAAUUAUUAAACUUAAUUUCUUGUUAACAAUUAUACUUCCACUGCAAUUGACACUUUUCUAUAAUAAUUGGAAGUUUUCAAUUUUUAAUGAUAAAUUAAGUUGAAUAAUAGAAGACCACUGUACGAUUUGUAAUUGUUUGUUAAGCAAUUAUCUUUUAAGUAUCUCAAGUGAAUGAAAUUGGUCUAACAUUUUAACUGGCCUUUUACUAUCAGGGAAAAACACAGUUUUUACAGAAUUUUUAUAUUAAUAUAUGUGGUUGUGUAAGUCAUAUAAUAUGACAUGUAUAUUACCUAUAUUAUAAGUACAAUAGAAAUGAUAAUGUUAUGUUUAUGCAUCAAAGAAAAUGUCCUACCUGACCAAUGUGUUCAAAAAUACUUUUAUUAUUCAACAUGUGGUAUUGCAAGUAUUUAAAUGCUGUUAUUUUCACUGAUAGUAUUUGGCUAGCCAUUUGUGACAUUACUGACACAUUUACUUUUAUAAUUAAUACUUUAUUCUAAUCUUCCACAUUUCAUUGUCGUCGUCUAUUUUACUAGUCCAAGCGAUAGAGACGGAUAUUUGUCGUAGGCCUAUGUCACAUUUUAUGGCAAAACACAUUGAAAAACUGUCAAAUUAAUGAUUAUGGAUGUUGUCAAUUGUACAAUUCAUAUUAAACAUAUUGUCAUUAUGACAGGGUUCAUAGUGUCCCAUAAUUCACUCUAUUAUUAGUAUUUAAUUAAUUUUUUACUUCUUUGUUUUAACACACUCCGCAGAAAAAUCUAGUCUUUCAUACACAGUUUCACACACAAAUCAUACAUAGUUACUAUAUUCCAUUUCUUUCAUUCAUUACCCUAAAAAGUAAAUAUGAGUUUAACAUACGUAUUUAAAUUUGUUACAAACCAAACAAUCGCAUUUAUAGUGCCUUGAAUUUAUUCUAAGAUACAUUUUGGAAGAGGGUAAUCGUCAUAAAACGCUUUCGUUCCUAAACUAUCGUUUUAAGUGUAUACUCAUACUAUAUAAGUUUAUGAAUGUAUCAGUAAUGUUACAAUUGCCAACGAGAUGGUAUAACACUUAUUUACCACCUUUAUGUACAAUUAGGACUAUCUAUCUAGCAUAAGUUGCGUUAUCGCUUCAAGUAUGAAGUCGCGCUUGAUGUAUGGAGUCGCGCAACGCAAUUCAUGCUAGACUGUCUGACAGAAUAAGAAGAUAUAUACCUCUUGCUCUAACAGAUAGUGUUUCAGUUGUAAGAGGGGUGUUAAAUGAGUGUCAAAGUGUGGGGUCCCGGGGUGCGCGGCUCAGUGAAUCUGUCAUGACAGAGUCUGUCAAUUGUUUUUUGUAUUGUCAUUCGGUCUACAGAUGUGCGGAAAGUUUGCAAAGACUUAAAAUUUUCUUGGAAACUAUAACUGUAAUGUAAAGGUUUAGAAGUUUCCGAGAUCAUUUUAAGUGUAAAGUUUCGCUUUUUUGGAAAAUUUCUGGCGUCACAUCGGUCGCAGUUUACGAGAUAAUUUAUAAGUUUUAAUUGAUUAUUCUCAUUGAACUGCGAUGCUGAAAUAUGUAUUAUGCUUAUUAUGUUUUGAACCUUAUGUUACGUUUUAUUCCUACUUGAUAAAAGGCAGUAAUCAAUCACGGUACUUUUUAGGUUCCUAAGUUUAAAAAUGUACUGGAAUGAUUAUUUGUCAUCUGUUCAAAUAAUUUGCUUAUUAGGGUAAUUCGCCAGUAACUGGCCACUGUUAGUAAUUGGCCACCCUAAACUAAAAAUGAAUUCUAUUCGCCUAUAAACAGAAUUCAUUUUAGUAUAAGGUUUCAAUAACCGGCCAGCCUUCAAUAACUAGCCGCCUUAUACUAAAAUGAAUUCUGUUUAUAGGUGAAUAGAAUUAAUUUUUAGUUUAGGGUGGCCAAUUACUAUCAGUGGCCAGUUACUGGCGAAUUUCCCUAUUUUGUGUUUUGUAUGAUGAAAAUCAGUCAAUUAUACAAAACCACUUGUUAAAUUGUGUUUUUCUUGAUUUUUAACAAAUCAUCAAACUAUGAAAAACUGCACAGUCAAUCCGUUUGCUCAAUAGCUAUAAAUACGUACAGUAUUAUUAUCGGAUUGAACUGUACACAAUGAAAAGCCAAAUUAGUUGUUAUAUUUGUACAUAUUGAAUUCAUGUUUGUUAAUUAUUUUAAAUUGUUUUAUUCUUACUCUUUUUAUCUUGAAUUUAAUGUUAUUUUCUCUAAAUAGUUUUAUUUCCGUACAAUUUCUAACCAAACGGAUAUAAACCAUGUUAGGAUAUAUCAGAAUGUACAGCAUAUCAUAGAACAUCGAAAUUAUAGUCCGGCAAACACAACUUUUCAGUCAGUAAGAUCCAGCAAAACCAUACUCAUCCCGUCAACCUUUUGAACGCCACAGACGGCAAUUGACGUCAACACAAAAUCGUGACAACGACGCCAAAGACGGCAUUUGACGUCGAUCGUUUUUCGAUGAAAAUCUACUGAAAACACACUUUUAAGUUGGCAUUAUUUAUUCACAAAACUAAAUUUUACCCCCGUGGCGUCAGUGGCACGGCUAAUGGAUGCGCCGUUUGGCGUUCAAAAGGUUAAGUAGGAUGGUAUUCCAUCUGUCCAAUGUCUUGGUACAAUGUGUAUUUGCGUCUCACAUUUUGCAUAAUGAGAGAGUGAAAUGCAAUACACAUUGGACCAAGAUAUUGGACAGGUGGAAUAUCGACCUUACACUCUGUAUCUUUAGGUAUUUAAAUAAAAGUAAACAAAAUCUACCCUCAAAUGGCUCCUUAAGUCAGUUGAGGGUAGAUGAAAACAUUACACGAUCAAAUAAUGUAGGUUAAAGUCAGGUCGUUCAGUGACAGAUCCAGGCGGUUUUGUAUUUGAUUGGUUAACCAAUAAAUGUUAUUACUACCAGAAAAUUUACAAAUUGUUUACUUUUAUUUAAAUACCUAAAGAUACAGACUAGCCACUACUGCUACCGACGGUACUAUCACACACACACACACACACGUACACGGUUGAUUGCCAGUUGUAAACCUUAUUGCAAUGAAACAAGGUCGAAAAUUGUCAAUUGUUGUUAUUAGUAUGAUUAUUGUACGACAGAUUCACUGCGCCUCGCGUAAUAUUGGCCUUAUGCGGUUAUAAUACUGAUGCGAAUUCGCACGUCGCUCCAGUGUUCGAGCGUGACAGAGCUAUGCGAUGCGAUGUCCCGCUCGCACACCGGAACAGCGUGCGACUCCGCAUCAAAUGUGGGCUUGUAUAGAAUCCGCUGAAUGCCUUGCUGGACGAGCUCCAAGAAUUUGGUAAAAUACAAAAGCAAAAUAUAUGUGUUUUUAUUACGA